CACCAAAAGGAGAUUCAUGUGCUCUUACUGCUAUCUACGCCAAUAUAUCCACCUGAUAAGCUUCUGAUCAUGGCAAGAGAGCAUUAUGUCCAACUGUUCACUAAAGGCAACAGGAACUCCCAGCAUACAAUCCCUGCGUUGUUCCCUGUUAUUGAAAACCACAAAUGGGAACAAAUGAAGAACCAACCAACAUUCGAAGAGAUCCAUAGCAUUGUCAAGGAUAUGAAUGGGUUGAAGGCUCCCGACAAAGAUGGAUUUCAUGCACUCUUUUUCCAAAGAUGCUGGAAUUUAGUUGGUCUAGACUUCUACUGUUUCAUUAAGAAAUGCUUAUGGGAUCCUGAUAGCAUUCGACUUCUUAAUGUGACUUUGCUUGCUUUGAUCCCAAAAGUAGAAGCCCCCAGUUCGAUGAGCCAUUUCAGGCCUAUAAGUCUCUACAGCGUGGGUUUACAAAGUGGUGGCCAAAUUCAUUGCCAACAGGCUGAAGCAUCUAAUGCCCCAACUGGUGAAACCAAAUCAAUCCAGUUUUGUACUCAAUCGUCACAUAAUUGAUAAUAUUCUUAUAUUGCAGGAACUGUUCACUCGAUGGCAGGAAAGGGAUGAUGCUUCUCAAACUGGACUUGGCCAAAGCAUAUGAUCCACUGGACUGAGAUUUUCUUGAAGAAACAAUGAUGUUGGCAGGAAUCCCUCAGAGCAUGAUCAACAUCAUCAUGAAAGGGAUGCCCCAUUUCCCCACAUCUCUUUACUCUUUGCGUUGAAAGACUAGGUCACUGUAUUUUAGAGGUUGUUAGUGAAAAUAGGUGGAUCCCGGUGAUACUUUCCCCUGGAGGGCCUCCCCUUUCUCACCUAUUCUUCGUGGACGAUCUCGUCCUCUUUGCUGAAGCAUCCUUGAAGCAAGUAGAAGUCAUCAACCAAUGUGCUGAUCAAUUUUGUGAUGCAUCAGGAGAGCUUGUGAGUAGAGAAAAGUCCAGAAUUCUGUUUUCCAAGAAUACCAAAGAUAGAUAUAGGGAAAACAUAUGUGAUAAACUUGGUAUCCUGGGAAAAUGUAUGCAAAUUGAGAAAUCAAGGAGGUUUAGGGUUAAGAUCUGCCAGGAGCUUGAACAUGGCCUUUAUGAUUAAACUGGCUUGGCAUAUUCAUAACAAUAGCUCUAACAUGUGGGUGCAGGUGUUGCAAGAAAAAUAUUUCAAACAGAAAGAUGGACAAAUCGUGGCGAUGAAACGAAGCAACCAUUCAAGCUUGUGGAAAGCGAUCAUGAAGGCCAUGCCUCUUAUGAAAAGUGCCACCAGCUAGAACAUCAUGAAUGGCAGAACCACCAGUUUUUGGCACCACCCCUGGCUGGAUUAUGGCAUCUGCCUCAAGGACCAUGUCCUGCACAAUGCCAACACUCAGCAAGAAGACUCCUCAGUGGCGGAUUGGACUGAUGAUAAUGAAGACUGGGAUUGGGAGAAGCUCCAUCAUCUCUUCCCUCCAGACAUCCUUUCUAUGAUUGCUGGAAUGGAACCCCCAAAGAGCAAUUUGGGGAAAGAUAAAUGCAUCUGGGGGUUGAAAAUGGAUGGACAAUUUAGGCUCAAAUGCAUCUGGGGGUUGGAGAGGGAUGGACGAUUUAGGCUCAAAUAUGCUUAGAAACUUGUUGCUGAUCAGCUGGACUCAGCAGGAGAGGAAGUCUGGAAGAAACUCUGAAAAUGGGAAGGGCCCAUUCGAACACAGCACUUCCUCUAGCUUGUGAUGCACGAUAGAUUGUUAACCAACAAGGAACGCAUGGAGAGGAAGCUUACUACUAAUGGUAAUUGUAGUCACUAUAAGUAUGUUGAAGAAACAACGAAACACAUCAUUCGAAAUUGCAGAAAGGCAUCAGGUAUUUGGGAUAAAUUCAUAUAUCGGAUUACAACCAAGGAAAGGAAGUUGUCUUCAAGGAGUGGAUGUCUAGAAACCUGGAGAAUGGCAAGCAUGGAACUGAAUUUGGACUGAUCGCUUGGCACCUUUGGAAGCAGUGAAACGAAGAGUGUAUGGAUGGCAAGACUUAUGUGCAAAAGUCUCUCUUCUGCUGAAUUGAAGUUUGGUUCAAUUAUCUAUAAAAAGGCUCUGCAAAACGUGGAAAUGAGUUUUUCACUCCCUAUUACUAGAAGAGAGGUCCAGAUUGGCUGGAGACCUCCACCAGAGGGAUGGGUAUAGAUCCAAACCGAUGGCUCUGUCCUCUCUCCCUCAGGAUCUACUGCUGCUGGAGGUCUCAUUCGAGACAACUUGAGACGAUGUUGCGUAGCUUUUGCCUGCAAUUUGGGAAACUACUCAAUUAAUGCAGCAGAGCUCAAAUGAGCAGCUGUUGGACUGGAAAUUGCAUGGGAGAAGGGGUACAAACAAGUUCAACUGAACCUGGACUCUACCACUACAAUCAAUAUUAUUAGGAAUUGCUCUGAUGAUAAUCACAUACAUGAGUUGUUGGCUCAACAUGUCUACAACCUUUUGGACCGUGAAUGGAGUGUUUCUGUUGCUUAUGUGUAUAGGGAAGGUAAUCAUGCAGCUGAUUUCCUUGCCAAUCUUGGCCAUAGCCUCUUUUUUUAUACACAUCAUGUCGAUGUGAGCAAUCACGAUUUGUGUAUAUGGUUAGAUUAUGAUGUUAUGGGAAUCUCUCAACCUUGUUUAAUUAAUAUAUGAUCAAGAUGCAUUAAGCGUCUGUCUUCCUACAAAAAAAAUAGAAAUAAGGUCUGAGUCCAAGAGGUACCUCCUUAGUCAUAGGAUCCGCAGUUUCGCACUCAUGCUACAAGCCUACAAAUUGCAAGAACUAGUGAUGGUAAUUUGGACCCGCCACGCGGAUAUUACCCGACUUGACCCGCGAUGGGGUGGGUAUUACCCGACCCAUAGUAGCGUGGGGCGGGACAUUGGUAUCUAUUUUCGACCCGCCCUGCCCUGUCCCGCCCCGUUCUUGGCCCAUUCUAUCUCAAUUAUUUAUUUUAUCCAUCCAUAUUUCUCCUAUUUUGACAUUUCUUCAACUAGUUAGAGUCGAUCUUUUAACUUGUUAGUCUCAAUUACACAUUUUAUUAUCACUAUUUUUCAUUUAUAAAAUAUUGUCCCCUUCGUUUUAUCGUAAAAAGUAAACUUUGCGUGUAUUUUUUUUAACUAACAUUAAAGAAUGGGUAUACCCACCCCGACCCGCAGUAGCGUGAGGCGGGACAUGGGAAUUCACUCAAUUGAGGUACCCGCCCCGCCCGCCCCAUCGCCAUCACUAGCAUGAACCUAAUCACCUGCGGUAAUAAAAGGAAAAAAAAUCC